UUGCACCCUUGUUCUUGAAAUCAUCGUUUUUUUUUUAAAUUUAAUUGAAGAAAAUAACCACUUCGUACAAUUUCUCAAACGUCAAUCCUUUAUAGUAAAACUUAAAUGUUUUUCCAAUCUAACUUCAAUCACUGUCUCAACUGUCCGGCCCUAUAAUUUUGAUUCAUGUGUCCUCUCCGGAGCUUUCAUGGAGUCUCUCUUCUCCGGUUCUUCCCUUGUUUCCGCUGCAGGCGGAUUUCGCUUGACGAAGAAGAAUCUCAAGGUCCACCCUUUAUCAGGAAUCCGAGUUUUGAGGUGCAGAUCGUGUGAUAUUCUCGUGAGACCGAGGUUUAGAGACAAUCUCGUAAGGUGUAACGGUAAAAGAUUUUCGCCCGUCUUGUGCCUGAAGAACAAGAAGAGGUUUCUGGUACAUGCUACGGAGGGUCAGCCCGAAGCUUACGACCCGAAGAACUUGCGGGAAUCCGUUAGAAACUCGUUAGAUGCGUUUUACCGUUUUUCCAGGCCGCAUACCGUCAUUGGCACUGUGCUUAGUAUUUUAUCUGUAUCUUUCUUAGCAGUAGAGAAGCUCUCGGAUAUAUCGCCUCUAUUUUUCACCGGAGUGUUGGAGGCUGUUGUUGCAGCCCUCAUGAUGAACAUUUACAUCGUCGGUCUAAAUCAGUUGUAUGAUGUGGAUAUUGAUAAGGUUAACAAGCCAUAUCUUCCAUUGGCAUCGGGGGAAUAUUCCAUAAAAACCGGCAUAGCGAUUGUAGCCUCCUUUUCCGUCAUGAGUUUCUGGCUCGGGUGGAUUGUUGGCUCAUUGCCAUUGUUUCUGGCUCUUUCCGUGAGUUUCUUGCUUGGCACUGCAUACUCUAUCAAUGUGCCACUUUUGAGAUGGAAAAGAUUUGCACUCGUUGCCGCUAUGUGUAUUCUAGCUGUCCGAGCUGUCAUCGUUCAGAUCGCCUUUUAUCUACACAUUCAGUGCCACGUUUUUGGAAGACCUGCAUUGUUCACUAGGCCUCUGAUUUUCGCAACUGCGUUUAUGAGCUUCUUCUCGGUUGUCAUAGCCUUGUUCAAGGAUAUACCCGAUAUUGAAGGGGAUAAGAUCUUCGGAAUCCGAUCUUUCUCCGUGACUUUGGGUCAGAAACGGGUAUUUUGGAUCUGUGUUUCACUUCUUCAAAUGGCUUACGCUGUUGCGAUUCUGGUCGGAGCCACAUCUCCAUUCCUGUGGAGCAAAGUGAUCUCGGUUCUGGGUCACGUUAUUCUAGCAGUGAUCUUGUGGGCUCGAGCCAAAUCCGUCGAUCUGAGCAGCAAAGCCGCGAUAACGUCGUGCUACAUGUUCAUUUGGAAGCUUUUCUAUGCAGAGUACUUGCUGAUACCAUUUGUGAAGUGACCAGAAGAAGGAACAAACAAAUAACAAAUCUUUUUCAGACAAGAGCUUGCCUUCGUAGAGUUCAAGGUUUCCUUCAAAAAAAAAAAAAAAACUUUUUGUAGAAUUAUGUCUUGGACUCCAAGAAACUUGGAAAACAUGUCUCAUGCUAAGAGAAUCAGACACUAAGUCGCCAAAUGCAAUUUCUUAUCUUUUUUUUUUUUGGUGUGUUUUAUUGUGCUGUUAUAUGUAAUGUUUUUCCUAAUUCAAUAAUAGCAUUAUUUAUUUUCCUA